AUGGCUUCCGCUUGUUGCCGCCUUAUCUCAACUACCACCUCAGCCACUGUAACCGCCAUUUCCUCCUUCCCUCCAAAACCAGAACCCCCAAUUUCAAAUCACCACCGGCUCCCAAAUCUCACUCGCAGAGACCUCGCUCUCCUCUCCUUCAUCGCCCUAGUCCCCCCCCUCUCUCGACCCGACCCGGCUUUCGCAUUCGGCAUUUCAGGACCAAAGGAUUGGCUCCGAGAGCAAAAGAAGAAGGCCUCCAGGUUCCUCUUGGCCCCAAUCGAUGCUUCUAGAGAGAGCCUCCUCGCCGCUCAUCGAUUACUCAUGGAUGAUACGAAUCAGGAGAUAGAGGAGGUUCAGAGACUGUUCAGAUCUGCCGCCAGGGAUUGCGUCGUGGAAGACCGGAGUUCUUUCGUUGCGUUUCAAGCCAAUACCGGUGUUGAGGUUUGCACAUUCCGUCUGCUUGUAAGAAAUGCAGCAUCAUUGCUCGGUGAUAAGGAUCCUGUAAAAUUGGAAGCGGAAUCUAUGCUCAACGAUCUUAUAAGAUCAUUCAGUUCUCUUAAUGUAUUGGUAAAUGAGAGUGAUGCUCUACUUGCCUCGCAAAGAAAGAAGGUAGCAGAUUCACUCAUGGAUACCAUAUCAUCCCUUGACAAAUUUGAGCAGGGAAUCAAGGAUUGCCUUGAAGCUUGACCAAUAUCGUUUACUUUCUCCAGGAUUAAUUAUCUAGUGGAUAUCUUGCUUGAAAUUCUGCAGAUGCAUGUAUAUUCUGGAUCCAUGAAUUCUCUUUGCGCUGCUAUUCAGUG